UCUAUAAGAUUUAAAAUAUACAAAUUCAUUUAGAACGUUUACUCAUCUCCUUUCAUGUCCACCUACCUUUUUCAAAUGUUGUAAAGAACUGGGGUUGAAGGAAGCAUUCAUGGCCAACCUUGAUGAUAAUGGACCUCCGGCGAGGCUUGAGGGAAAGUAUGCUGCAAUGGUAGUAUGCUGGCUUCUGGGAAAUGGAUGCCUCUUUUCAUGGAACAGUAUGCUAACUAUUGGAGAUUAUUAUGGUUAUUUGUUUCCGCGAUACCACUCCUCAAGGGUACUUACUUUGGUAUAUCAGCCAUUUGCGCUUGGAACACUCGCAGUACUUGCCUAUAAUGAGGCAAAGAUUAAUACUAGGAGGCGGAACCUGUUGGGAUACAUACUCUUUUUCAUAGCUUCUGUUAUGGUUUUAGUCUUGGAUUUGGCAACAUCUGGGAAAGGAGGACUAGGGACUUUUAUCGGGAUUUGUGCUGUUAGUGGGGCUUUUGGAGUUGCAGAUGCUCAUGUUCAGGGUGGAAUGGUUGGAGACCUUUCCUUCAUGCGACCUGAGUUUAUUCAAUCUUUCCUUGCUGGGUUGGCUGCAUCAGGGGCUCUAACCUCUGCCUUGAGGUUAAUUACAAAGGCUGCAUUUGAGAAUUCAAAGAAUGGUUUUCGCAAGGGAGCAAUUUUAUUCUUUGUCAUCUCGGCUGCUUUUGAGUUUCUAUGUGUUCUUCUCUAUGCGUUUGUCUUUCCAAAACUGCCGAUCAUCAAGUAUUACCGCUCAAAGGCAGCCUCCGAAGGAUCUAAAACUGUUUCAGCUGAUCUUGCUGCCGGUGGCAUCCAAACAUUACCCAAAGGAGAUGAGGAAGACCCGAAAAAACUCGAGAGGUUGGGAAACAAAGAAUUGCUACUUCAGAACAUAGAUUAUGCACUUGAUAUGUUCCUCAUAUAUGUAUUGACAUUGUCAAUUUUCCCUGGUUUUUUAUCUGAAGACACUGGCUCACAUAGUUUGGGCACAUGGUAUGCCCUGGUUUUGAUUGCUAUGUACAAUGUAUGGGAUCUAAUUGGAAGAUACAUUCCACUCAUCAAGUUCCUGAAGUUGGAGUCGAGGAAAGGACUGAUGAUAGCCAUUCUUUCCCGUUUCCUGCUCAUCCCAGCUUUCUAUUUCACUGCCAAAUAUGGUGACCAAGGCUGGAUGAUACUGCUCACUUCCUUCUUGGGCUUAACAAAUGGUUACCUUACUGUUUGUGUCUUCACUUCUGCUCCCAAAGGUUACAAGGGGCCAGAACAAAAUGCUUUGGGAAAUCUACUGGUGUUGUUUCUACUAGGAGGUAUAUUUGCAGGGGUAACGCUUGACUGGUUGUGGCUAAUAGGCAAAGGUUGGUGAGCAAUGCAUUUUUUGAUUGCAAGGGCAAUAUCGAAGGUGGGCCCAUUAAGACUCAGUGGGAGUUUGGGUUGACUUUUCUUUUUUUUUUUCCUUUCACUCAAAUAUGUAAUGUCUAUUAGUGUUUUUUGUUUAAGGGGAGUUAGAUUAUUUUACAUACUAAAUGUAAAUCUCGAAGUUCUAGUUUAUAUGGUGGUGGUAGUAUUUUGUUCUUUAUUGUAUAAUGGGUAAUAAAGGGGAUCCAUUUGAGAAAGUGAAUCAAGUGCAUACCCUUCAACUCUUUACCCUCAAGGCCCUAAACAGUUGAAUCAAAUCCAAAAAUGGGCCUUGGGUCUACUACAUAUACAUACUCUUCAAGCAUUUGUAACCAAAGAAACUUGAGAAAAUUAAUAAUGUAAGAUUAAGAAUAAUAUAUAUGUAAUUAUGAAUAAAAGAAGCGAAUUUCCAGCUCA